AUGGCGACGAGCAGGACAUUGCUCUUCCUCAACGUCCUUGAGGUCGUAUUGGCCAUGUCUGUCCGGGUACGAGGGACAGAAGCGCACGGCUUCGUGACGAUAUUCAUCACACCACUGACAAGCAUUCUCCUCACGCGCUUCGUGCUCAACCUCCGUUGCGCGUCAAGCAACACGGUGGGUUCGGACGCGCCGACGUUUUCGCUUGCGCUCCAAUCGCAGAGCGUAGGCCCCGCAUCUAGGAUCGUCGGAAACAUGGAUGCCGACCUGGCAUUCGAUCUUCAGGGGUACGGUGAGGCGCUGGGAUGCGAGGAAGGAUGGGAUGCAGAUGAUCAUGAGGAGGAUUCCGAGGGACAUGACGAUAUCACGAGCGGCAUCAAGGCCUCCGCGUAG